GUUGACAAACAUGCAGAAAGAGACUCCGCUAAACGUAAAUGUUCACUGGAUAUUAAGAAUCUCCGUCCUCCUAGCGUGCCUUAUCAGAGAUAUCACGUCCAGCUCGGUGAAACAAGCGCUAGUUGCUAAUUACGAUGAGACCGUGAGACCUCGACUCUUUGAAGGUUUACCUGUUGAAGUGUCGGUACAACUUCAUGUGGAGUCCUUCGGAAAUAUUCAUGAAGCCGACAUGGAAUUCCAAGUGUACUCUUACUUUAAGCAGAUUUGGACUGAUAAAAGACUGGCAGGGAGAAUCAAUCGUAGUAUCACCCUCAAGGGGUCUGACAUUAACCGUGUGUGGACUCCUGAUGCUUAUUGUUACAACGCUCGAUUAACAAACUUGAUGUUACCAGACGCAGAAACGCACAGCAAAGUAUCCAUUAGUCCCGAUGGAGUGCUCGAAUACAGUAGAGGGGUUUCAUUCACAGCAUCAUGUGUGAUGGAUCUCCGCAGUUUCCCCCAUGACAGUCAAACAUGUCAUCUUAAGUUUGGAAGUUAUGCCUAUGAUGAUAGUGACGUCAUUUUCAAGUGGUUAAGUGGGGAUGUUCACGUCAGUCGCACUAAUAUGGCGCAGUUCAAGUUUCUGGGCGCAAUGUUUUCUGCUGACCUGGAUAGUUACACGGGUGUGAACUUUACUACCAUAACUGUCUCAUAUACGUUCCAGCGCCGCCUUGGCUACUACGUCUUACAAGUUUACAUUCCUGAUAUCCUGAUAGUCCUGUUAAGCUGGAUUGCGUUUUGGAUGAACCCAGAGAGUGCUGGUGACCGACUCACAAUCGGAAUCACCACCAUUCUGACCAUCAUGUUCCUGUCUGGGGCUGUUAACGCUUCCAUGCCGCCAGUCAGCUACGCUAAAGCAGUAGAUUGGUAUCUUAUUACAUCAUUUGCGUUUAUUUUCCUCUCGGUUAUUGAGAGCUUGGCUGCGUAUGUGAUGUUUUCGAGGCCAGUUAAGAAAGAUAGCAGUUUUGAAAAAAACAGUGUGAAAUGCCGUUCCCUUCCAUCCAAACUACUGCCAUGUCUUAACAGUUACCGGCGAAAAGCUAGAGCCAAAAAGGGAAAAGUCCCUGAUGAAGACAAGUUUAAUGGGCUGACCAUGAACAUGGCAGUAAAGGACCAAUCACUGCCCCUGUCAUUGGAGGACAUCGCUUACAUGGAGGAGAGAGAGAGACGGGAAUCACUCAUACAACAGAGGAAAAAUAACGCAGUCCGAAUAGAUCGUGUGUCACGGAUUCUCUUUCCUGUGGCAUUUGUCUGCUACACAGUUGGUUACUGGAUCAGCUACUCGUGAAUUAAGUCCAAGAGCGUCGCUGAAGGGGGCAGUGGCUAAGUUCCUUAUGAUUCUUCACUUUUUCGAGAAAGACAUUAUUUGUAAAUAAAGAAAACUCAAGUUACACCCCCCGCUCCAGCAAAACGAAGAAGUAAACUAUAGUUUAGAACCAGCUUUAGGAGAAAUUGAUGCCUAUGUUCAAGAAGACUGCCAAUGGCGAAAGGAGGGGAAGUGUGCUUUGUUAGACGCUUCAUUCUUGAGCCCAGGUCAUUUUGGCUCCUUGUCAGUGGUAUGGUCGCCAAAUAAUGAACCCUUUUAUCCCAGAAAUCGUGGGAUUCCGGUUUUAACUGCGCAUGUCUACAUUGUUUAUUUACUGCUUCCGGUUGACUUCUGCUCAAAAUAGAGCACACGGUCCACUACGUCAGCGGAAAAAGAAAGAGAACGUAAAUCACCUUUGUGUAGGUGAACUUACGAUUCAUCGUAACUAAAAGGAAUUCAUAAAUAAAAAGAAAACAUCGAGAUUUUUACCAGUGCACCUUCUGAUGCUCCUGGAAGUUCGGAAGUGAAAAAAAAAGGAUAAGUGAUGGCCCUUUACGCAGCUCCUACGCUGUUUUCAGGUUCCCGCGCGAGGUGAAUCGAUUGCAAGCUAGUUAGUUAGUAAAAUGGACUUUAAGCAAGGGCUUUACGAGUAUUGGGCUUAGAGGAAAGGGAAAAGGAACAACGGCAAACUCUAGAAACGAUUGGUAUAGAUUCCAGAGAACCUCCUCCCUCUUCUCCUGAUGCAAAAGCUGAUGAUUGUACAGGUGACUGCACCUGAGGCGGGAUGAAUACAAAACAAAGAAAAAACAGAAAUGUUUUGAAACUCAUAUAAAAACACCCAUUUAUUCGCCCCUAAAAUACGACAUACCUCAAGACAAGUUUCCUAAUAUUUCCUUGAUCUACUCAACUAUGAAAACAUGCCAAACAGUUUAUAUUGACACUGCUUUGAUAUUUUACUUUCAUUUCAAUGUACUAUGUUAUUAUUUCAAGUGAGAAUAAAAUAAUUUAACAACUAUUGUUCUAUUUACUUGUUCCAAAAUAACUUUAGGAAGCAAAAAUAAAAGU